AUUUACAGAAUUGUAGACAAUUACUCUCUUGCUCACAAGACACUUACUCUAAUGGCACCAAUUUCAGUGAAUUAAUAUGGCGUCAGUGCUACUGCUCAGUGCCAUUGUAGCCAUGCUGAACCUAGCAUCUAUGUCAUCAGCGCAGCCUCACCACGGAUGCCAAACACAUUGUGGUGUUGUUGAGAUCCCCUACCCAUUUGGCAUUGGUAUUGGUUGCGCUAUCGAACAAGGCUUUGAGAUCAACUGCAGCAGGACUGCUGAUGGAACCGAGAGGCCAUUCAUAAAUGAAUGGGAGGUUCUAAGCAUCUCAGCGUCCAGUGGGCAAUCCCGAGUUUUAAUGUACAUCCCAACAUAUUGCUACAAUUCUAGUACAGGGGAAAUGGAUUCCUACCUUUGGGAUUUUAAUUUAGCUUGGCCGUAUCGAUUCUCGGACUCGCAAAAUAAGUUCAUAAGCAUUGGUUGCAACACAAUCGGAUACAUCUACAACACCGGAGAAUCAACAAGGUAUGCCACAGGUUGCGCGUCGGUGUGUGGGAGCCCGGAAGACCUGACAAAUGGCUCGUGCGUUGGUGUAGGCUGCUGCCAGAACACUGUCCCCAAGGGCUUAACGAGCUACUAUGUUUACUUCUAUGAUGUGGACUAUGUCAAUAGUUCCAACAGUUGGCACUUCAACAAAUGCAGCUAUGCUAUGGUGGUGGAGGCAGAGACGUUUGCUUUCAACUCUGAGUACAUAACCACGACGAGGUUCAAUGACACCUACAAGGGGCAGCAGCCAGUGGUGCUUGACUGGGCGAUUGUAGAUGAAACCUGUGAGGCAGCACACCGAAACAUGUCUUCCUAUGCGUGCCGGAGCAGAAACACCGUUUGCGUUGAUUCAUCCAAUGGCCCAGGUUAUCUGUGCAACUGCUCUGCUGGAUACCAAGGGAAUCCUUACGUCUCUGGUGGAUGCACAGAUGUCGAUGAAUGUCAACAGAGUCCAAGCCCCUGCCCUGUGUCUGCAACUUGCCAUAACACAGUAGGAGGGUACCAUUGUUCAUGCCCUUUUGGCAGCAAGUUUGCAAAGGAAACAAACUCUUGCACAAACCAAUUUAUAGGGGUUGUUAUUGGAUUAAGUUGUGGUAUUGGAGUUCUGUUUAUUGUGGCAAUAUCGACUUUGCUGGUUCGGAGGUGGAAGAGAGGCGUUAAAAAUAGAGUUCGAAAAGUAAACUUCCUGAGAAACAAAGGCCUCAUCUUGGAACAAUUGAUCUCAUCAGAUGAAAGUGCCACACAUAGCAGUAAAAUAUUUUCCUUGGAUGAGUUAGAAAAGGCAACGGACAAUUUUGACUGCACGCGGAUUCUAGGUCGUGGAGGGCAUGGUACUGUUUACAAGGGGAUUUUAUCAGAUCAGCGUGUGGUGGCCGUCAAGAAGUCCAAAAUGGUCGAUCAAACAGAGAUUGAUCAAUUCGUCAACGAGCUUGCAAUUUUAUCUCAGAUAAAUCACCGCAAUGUGGUAAAACUUUUUGGAUGUUGCCUUGAGUCAGAGGUCCCUUUGCUCGUGUAUGAGUUCAUCUCCAAUGGCACACUAUCUGAACUUCUUCAUGGUGACCACGAGAAUGCUAGAAGCAUGUUAACAUGGGAAGAUCGUAUCAGAAUUGCUAGCGAGGCUGCAAGUGCUCUUGCUUACCUACAUUCCGCUGCUUCACUACCAAUCUUCCACAGAGAUGUAAAAUCUGCAAAUAUACUCUUGACCGAUAACUUCACUGCCAAGGUUGCAGACUUCGGCGCUUCUCGAUCGAUCUCCAUCGAUGAAACUCGUGUGGUCACGACAGUCCAGGGCACAUUUGGAUACUUGGAUCCUGAGUAUUACCACACAGGCCAACUAACCGAGAAAAGUGAUGUUUAUGGUUUUGGUGUGAUAAUCGUCGAGCUCCUAACAAGGAAGAAGCCAAUAUUCCUCACUUCCCGUGGUGAAAAGCAAAAUUUAUGCCAUUACUUCGUCCAAAGGCUACAAAAUAACACUGCGAUAGAGAUCAUCGAUUGUCAAAUAAUGGAGGAAGGUAACGAGAGACAGAUCAUUGAGAUGGCUUCCCUUGCAAGCGCAUGCUUGAGGCUCAGAGGAGAAGAGAGGCCUACCAUGAAAGAAGUGGAGCUAAGGCUGCAGCUCCUGAGAGGCAAGAUAGUACUGAAAAAAAACUACGAGUUAGAGGGGGAGAAUGAAGCCGUGCCAUUGUUGCCAUCAUAUUAUUCCAGCACUAGUUCCGGUACACGGCACGGCGAGUUCUUCUCAGCUGCUAAUUUGUCAAGUCUCAGUGUCACGCGCUGCUACACUAUGGAGCAAGAGCUUGUAUCUUGGACCGACCUGCCGCGCUAAUAUGACUCUUUUAAUUUGCCAUAGUAACAAUUUUCAACUAUUUUCCUUUAUUCUAUGAGCAAAAAGGCAUUCAUCUUUUCUGUAUCACAAACUGGAUUGGUAUACUUAUUUGACAUCCACUCUGUUGCCUCUCA